UGUACUGUUCAAAAUAUCAGUCGUGAAUUGCCUUCCCAUCAUCACCCUAUUCGUUAUCAUUGCUCCACACAGUAUAGAUUGGGUGAAAAGUAUCGAUAGAAAAAAAGUUUAGUAUUCUAGGCUAAACAGCGUCCGAUAAGAUAACAACAUCCAUUACGCUUGGAGUUCCGUGAAUACAUUCGUAUCAAUCAACAGCAAACGAAAAAGGAGCAGCUACAUAUGAGUCAACAUUGCAUGGUGUGAAUUGUUUGGAAGCUGCUACCACGUAUAGGUAUUAUUGCCAAUGGUGCUGCUAUAGGUGCGGAACGAAAAAGGUUGCUCCAUUGCGGAAGUUGAAAGUGAAAUCAUAAGCUCCACCUACGCCUGUUUGUUUGGAAGUUUAUUUGGACAUAAUACUUUUUUGUUUGUUGGAGGGGGGCACAAAACAUAUGGUAAUGGAGCCCGCUGCAGUGAACUCGACCGAUUUGGCUUCCCUGAAGGAACGGAUGAAGAUUAUUGCCGAUGCUGAUCCCAAACAGUAUCACAACGAGUUCUCGCUGAAACGAUACCUCCGUGCGUUCAAAACUGUGGAUGCUGCCUUUCAGGCCAUUUUGAAGACCAAUAAAUGGCGUGAGGAAUAUGGUGUGGCCAGCUUAGGGGAUCAUCCUGCUAUCAAGGCUAAUGAGAACAAGGCUCGCGUCUUGCGCCACAGGGAUUGCACGGGAAGGCCCGUGAUUUACAUACCCGCCAAGAAUCACUCAUCCGAGCGGGACAUUGAUGAUCUGACCAGGUUCAUCGUCCACUGUUUGGACGAAGCCUGCAAGCGAUGCUUCGAGGAGGUUACCGACAAUCUUUGCAUCGUGUUCGAUUUGGCCGAUUUCAGCACCUCCUGUAUGGACUAUCAGCUAAUCAAAAAUCUGAUUUGGUUGCUCAGCAAACACUUCCCGGAGCGAUUGGGGGCUUGUCUGAUUCUGAACGCUCCGCUGGUGUUUUCCACCAUUUGGCCAGUCAUCAAAGCCUGGCUCGACGAGAAUACCUCGAGCAAAGUGAUUUUCGUGUCGGGCGAAGAAGAGCUCUGCAAACAUUUGAUACCGGAUAUUCUACCUACUGACAUGUAAAAUCCCAAGUCAGCCCACUAGCAUGUAGGAACGGUUGUUGAAUUCCAUUAGUUUUAGAAGCUAACCCACCAUCGCGAGGUUUUCUUUUAGUACUUAUUCGACCAAAUUACCGAACAAAGAGAUUCGAAACUGAACUUUCCUAAUAGAGAUGUCUAUUUUUUAGAAACUAUAAACUAAACUAAUAACGAAAGUAACACACCUGUAGAGAAUUAUUAAUAGCAUCAUUGAUGGUACAACUUUAAAGAUUCGAAAACGAACAACAACACUAUUUACACAAUCUCGUAGGAAACCUUCUAAUUUGGAAGCUCAAAGCUUGAAAUCUUUAAACCUACAUAUUGUUAGAAGGAUAGCUUAAAGUAACACUUAAACACCUGUCAACGUACUAAACAAGAAGCAAACGCAAUUUAAGAAGAAUAGUAUGCUUUAAAUCAAAAAUCAAUCAACUUGAGGGCUAUUAAGCCAGCCGUAUUCAUGAUAUAUUUUUGUCCUAAGACUUUGUUCAUUCGUUCUGAUUUCCAUGUGUUAUUGUAUGGUCGAUACAUAAAUUUUACCGCAUUUUCGGUACCAAUGCAUUGGUACAAUGUUCUCAGAUUCCUUUUCUUCUAACAACAUUUUUAGUUAACAACAGCUUGGUUAGGCAGAAAAUAAUAAAAUGUGCCGCUCCCAUUAUUGGCCUUGAACUCAUUUCUGUAUUUUGUACUGACUUUGGAGCAUUCACUCACUCUCAUAGGGAAAAUAAAUAUCCAUUUUAAUUUUACCAAACAUAGUAUUAAUAUCAAUAUAUCAUCAAGGACACGCAUGUCAGCCCGAAUAGCAAGGACCAUGGUUUUAAAAUAACUGAACAAUGAUAUUCAAUGUAACAAUCAACUUCAUCGUGGUAUCUAAAUAUCUUUCAACCGCAUUUAAUUAUGAAAUCACCAUAAUUUUCUAAGUAACCGUGAAGUACAUCGUUUAUUCAAAAUAUUUCAUAGUUGCCGAAAAUGACAGAAGUACGGUAUUAUGAUAAUUUUCUUGUGAUUAUCAUUGUUACCAUGUACUUCAUGGUAAAAUGAAAAUCCAAACGUUGUUAAACUUUGCUUUUUCUACACUUUAACAAAUUAGCGUGUAGGAAAAAAUAAUUGCGCGCCAUUUUUUUCGGGGAACGGUUUUCUCGCGAUUGGAAAAAUCUUUUUCAGUUAAAAGCUGCUGAAUCCGGACAAGUUCUGGAAUUUUUGGACGUCAUGCCGAGUUGGAAGGCAAUUGCUCUAUUUGCGGUGGUGGUGGUAAGUACAUUGCAUGCAUAUUGAUUAGAAAACUGACCAAACUCAAAAAAUCAUUUUUUUCCAGAAGCUGACAGAACUUCCGAAGCUCCACUUCAGACGAGGGAGCAAAAUAACUCAACACUGCGAGAGGCUCGUGACACGGUGGCCAAUAGAUUCCGGGAGUGGCUAUGAGAUGCUGGUGUACAAAGCAUUCCAGUCCACCGAAUAAUCACCGUGUGGUUAAAUGUGUAAGUAAAAUGUUGAGAUUUUCUAAAUAAAUGUCAUGAACAAAUAAAUACAUUCGUUUUUUUAAUCAAACAAAUCUUUGAUAAUGAUGACAUAAUUAAAAUCAAAAACAAAAAUCCCACCAUGAUCAAAGAUUUUUAUUUCAGUGGGUGAACAUUGAAUAUUAUCGGGUUUUCAUGGUUUUACCAUGAAAAACUGGAUGAUGUUAUAACCAUGAACUUUAUAUUAUUGGGCUUCCCAAUGUAUGGAAAAUCGCCAUUUUUUUCAUGGUCACGCUGCAUAACAAUACCCCUUUUUCAUGGUUAUUUUCGUCAAAACGAUGAAAUGUAUGGUCGAAAAAUAUGAAUUUCAAUGUGCAUUCACGGUAUCGUGGACGAUAAUAAGCAUUGUGUAGACCAUAAAAUUUAUGGUUUGUGAAUAUGGAAUUCAUAGUUUUUUCAUCGUACAUUUCUAUUCGGGAGCACAACCUACCUACUGACGAAAGUUCGAACCAAAAUCACUGAUAUUACCACCUCCAGCACCAGCGACAACAGCUUCACCACCAAAUCAGGCAUCCGCUAGAAGUGCUUCAGAUCGUCAAUGUUUAUACAUGCUAGUUUGAAAUUUCUCCACAAGAUGGCGUGCUUAAGGUGUCGCCUUGUUUUUUGUAUUGGUAUUAUAACUAUAGGUACUAGUACAUAUUUGAUUUUUGACAAGUUUCAGUUAAUCGAAAAUACAGGCUUGAUUUCCGCGUUAAAUUACAUAUUUUGUCAUAUUUCCAUUUUUUUUCUAAGAUCCUAAGUUUCAAUUUUAAAUUUUGAAACAAAAAAAACAUUAUAAGAUCACGUUACAUUUAGAUGAGAUUUUAUUUAUCUAGUAACACUUUUUUUUUUAAUUAAACAACUAUUGUAAUAUUCCAGAGCUGAAUCGCACCGCAACUCACUUUAAAAGGUUUUAAAAACAGAGUAUGGAACAGGCAAGCUGAACAAACUAAAGCAGGAAAAAAUGAUCACUUGUUGUAAAACUGUAGCGUUUUUGUUGGAAAUAAAUGUAAUACCACAGAUGGA